GGCGAAGUCAAUCAACUCGGCGGAACAUUCGUAAACGGUCGACCGUUACCGACUUCGAUCCGACUGCGAAUAGUCGAACUGAGUCGAUCCGGGGUUCGACCGUGCGACAUCAGCCGACAGUUGAAAGUCAGUCACGGAUGUGUCAGUAAAAUCUUGGCUCGAUACCACGAAACCGGUAGUGUACUUCCGGGUGCGAUCGGCGGAAGCAAACCGCGAGUCACUACCGAAAAGGUUGUUCGAGCUAUUCGUCGGUAUAAAUCGGUCGAGCCGAGUAUUUUUGCGUGGGAAAUUCGCGAAAGAUUGGUGGCUGAUGGUGUUUGCGAUAAAUAUAAUGUGCCCAGCGUUAGUAGUGUCAGUCGGAUUUUAAGAAAUAAA